CAGUCGGCCCUCUUCAACUUCCAAUCGCUCCUCCUCGUCAUUCUCCUCCUCAUCUGCACGUCGACGUACGCUAGAGCCACUGCGCCUGGCCUCAUCGACCGCAACAAGGCUGGCUUCUUUGGCCUCUUCUUCAAGAUGGCGAGGAUAGGUGAGCAAAGGCUAUCGCCCUAUGUGUCAAUAGCCUGCCUAGUCAUGGCCGUAUAUACUCUCACAUGA